GUGAAUUAUUAAAAAGAAAAAUGGCCCAACAGAGCACUGUAUUUCCUUCUCUUGUCACCAAGGAAAGGUAUAAUAUAUGGAAAAUAUGCAUCUAAGACGCGUUAGAACCAUGCCCCGUCACAGCCAGUCCCUGACCAUGGCACCCUACUCCUCCGUAAGCCUAGUGGAGCAGUUGGAAGAUAGAAUCCUCUGCCACGAGAAAACGACCGCCGCCCUCGUGGAGCAUGCCUUCCGGAUUAAAGAUGACAUCGUCAACAGUUUGCAGAAAAUGCAGAACAAAGGGGGAGGCGACCGCUUGGCCAGGCUUUUCUUGGAGGAGCACAUCAGAAACAUAACUGCCAUAGUGAAGCAGCUGAAUCGGGAUAUUGAGGUACUCCAGGAGCAGAUCCGUGCCCGAGACAACAUUAGCUACGGAACUAAUUCUGCCUUAAAGACUCUGGAGCUGCGUCAGCUCUCUGGUUUGGGAGAUCUUCGAGGGAGAGUGGCAAGAUGUGACGCCAGCAUAGCCAGACUCUCCGCAGAACACAAAACGACCUAUGAGGGGCUCCAACACUUGAACAAGGAACAGCAAGCUGCCAAACUUAUCUUGGAAACGAAAAUCAAAGAUGCAGAGGGACAGGGAUCCGAGACAAUAACUCCAUCUGACCCCAGAGCACACCCUCCAGCCUCACCCAAUUACAAGGUACAGCUGGUGGCCCUGCCAGACCAGGGAGUCUGGCCAGUGACUUCACGCAACAGUGGAACACAACCAGCAGCCUGCUCAAUUGUGGAGUAUAGCCUGAGGCCCUGUCUGAUCAUGAACCCCAGCCUGCAGCCCUGCCUGCACCUGGAGUCCAGUCAGUGGCAACAUCUGGCUGGGGAGCAGAGCUUGGGGCCCCACCUAAUCAAGUACAGUUGUGAAGCCCAGCCUGUAGCCUUGCCCAAUCGUGGAAUCCAUCCAGCAGCACCACCCUUCCAGGGAAUACAACCUGCAACCACACCCAACCAGAGAAUUGUUUUACAUCUAACUUGCAGACUUUCUCAUUUCAGAUUUAAAGGUACAAUUGAGGAACUCAGUAACCAGAUUUUAUCUGCACGAAAGUGGUUGCAACAGGAACAAGAACGGAUAGAAAAAGAACUUUUACAGAAAAUUGAUCAGCUUUCCUUGGUUGUUAAGGAAAAUAAUGGAGCCAGUGAACGGGACAUGGAGAAGAAGCUCAGCCAGAUGUCAGCCCGACUUGACAAACUCGAAGAGAGUCAGAAGAAGCAUGUGGAAGUACAGAGAACAAAACAAGAAGAGGAGAAGGUGCAUGGGCGCAUCAGCAAGCUGGAGUUACGGAUGAGUGCGGACAUGAAGGACAUAAAAGCAGAGGUUGAUGCUGGGUUUACAGCCAUCUAUGAAAGCAUAGGAUCUCUUAGGCAAGUUCUCGAAGCCAAGAUGAAGCUGGACAAGGACCAGCUACAGAAGCAAAUCCAACAGAUGCAGAAACCGGAGGUUCCCAUGUGAAGGGAGUUGGGACAAGGACCUCAGAGGUGGUUCUGCCGGUGGGGCUGGGAGCUAGAGACCUCUGUGGCCAGGCGGUCCUGGCAUUCGGGAUUGUUCUAGUCAUGGCGUGCAUGUGCCAGGAAAUGUGUAUCCGUGGGUCUAAAUGUUUACCUUAAAUCUUGAAAACACUCUAAAAGUAUUAAAUACAAUUUUUACUACUUUAUUCCACUUCUCUAAAUUCAGAUUUGGAAAGGCUUUUAUCCCCUUCAUUUUAUGAAUGAAAAGACUUAAUUUUCCUUCAAUGCUUGAUGCUCUAGCCAAGAUUUUACUUUUUGAAAAAUGUCAUAGUGAUUUUUUUAAAUUAAGAAACUAAUGAAUUAUCUAUCACAGAAAUGUGUUGCUCCUUACUCUAAAGUAAGAAAAUGUCCUAAUAGAUUAGAAUUCAAACUUUUGAGUCCAUAUUUGGAUUUUAUUAUUGUUGUCUGUUCAUUUCUUAUAUUGGUUAUCUUCUUGUAAAUCCUCUGUCUUUUGUAGGGAGAAGGGACUUAAUAUUUGGGGAAAAAAAACCUCACCAUUUAUGUAAUGAAAAUAGUUUAAAAACUUAGAACUGCCAUAUAGAUUACAGAUUAAAAUGGAAACUUAAGACAAUUGUUUAGAUAAUGUAAGGCAUAAUAUUUACAUCAACCACCUAGUUAAACCAGGUUUUAAUAUUGAAAACUUUUUUCAAUUAUCCACAGCCUGUGUGGUGAUAGCCAUAUAUUUAAUAAUGAAAUGGUGGUUAAUAGUCUGUUUAUUGCACAAUUAAUUGUUCAUCAGUCACAAUAGGAUGUGAGAGUUUUUCAGGCUUUAUGGUCUCCUCUCUAAAUGUUUCCAAAAUUGGCACAAAGUGCUAAGUUUUAUAUAUACUUACUGUAUUCUUGUGCCUUGGUUUUAUCACGUCAAUGCACUGUACCCUGUAAAAGUUUUGCGGACAAAAUAGAAGGGAUGAUAAUACAUCAGAAUUAUGAUGUAAAAAUGGGAUCCUAUGUAUUUUUUAGGUUCUAAAAGUUGUAUCACCGUUAAGACAUUAGUCAUUCAGUAUUAUUAACAAAAUAGAAAUUCAUACUUUUGUAUGGACAGAGAAUCAAAUUGAUAUCGUAUUUAUAACACUGUCGGGAAACUUUCAUUUGAGCAACUUUGUAGACCCUGAGUGUUUUAUUUUUCAUUCACCAUAUUUGAUUAGUCAUUGAAAAAUGGCACCAGUGUUCUUUGUUCACCUAUGCAUGUAAAAACUGAUAGUGAGACACACGCCAUUCUAAACUGUGAGGGUGCCCAGGAGAAAGGAAACAGGAAUACUUUUAAAAUUUUAAAAACUUUUUUUUGUUGUUGUUUGCUGAGGACUCAGGAAAAAUUAAAGCAUUUUCUAUUUUUAGGAUAAAUCAUAUAUGAAAUAUCUAACUGGCUAUUACUGUUUACCCAAACAAAAUAUGCUGCUAAAGUACAUAAUAUUUUACCCUCAAUGGCUUGACAAAAUUGUUUUUUAAUUCGGACCCAAGUAUUCAUAGAAGGAAUACGUCAUCCGAUAUGUAUUUCCUUAUUUGGUUGCGAAUCUUUGUAUCUCUAUAUAGGAAGACUUAUUUCCACUAAACAGUGAAAAAUAAAAUGCCAAUGCUCUUUUGCAAUCAGAAAGUGAAUUUCUUUUUGUGAUAGAGUAACCGUGUUUAGUUCAGUUCUCCAUGUUUAAGCACAAGCCACAGCACCGAGAGCCACGGCCCCUCCCACAUUGCUCUCCUCUGGGGUCUCUGAAAAGGAAGACCCAGCACAGUGGCCCCUGGGAAGCGGGGAGCCAAGGACAUCCGCUAGACUCAGGCAGAGGCGAGAUGUGAGCAGGUGAUGCUUGCCUGUCCGCUGAGUUGCUCAGGGGCUCCUGAUGCUGCCAACUCCACGCCGUGAGCUCCGGCAGGGGUUCUCCACUGCAGCUACAUGUUGCCAUUCCCUGGGGAGUUCAAAAAACAGCUACUGGUGCCUGGGCUGCCCCCAGGCCAACUAAGUCAGAGCCUCUGGGAGGUGGGACGCAGGCAUCAGUACGAUCCCAGGCUCCUGGGCGGUUCACGCACUGGGGAGGUUGUGAGCCACCAAGCUACAGUGUACUCUUAUCACCAAAGUGUAAAUGAGAAUCAGCUUCCGUGUUCUUUCCUUUAUCAGAAAUUUGCAAUAAAAAGAAUAAAAUUUC